GGAUUAAGAUAUCAGCGGUGAACAAUAAGGCGUCGUUAUUAAACAUAUAACCUAAUUUGGAAUCCAAAACAGAAGAGGAAGGGGUGAAAUCGCACCAGCCAUGGGAUUUCUUUUUAGUGGAAAACCGGUGCUAGGAAUCCCAAUGAAUGGACUUGGAAUCGUCGGCGAGGUUAACGAUGGCCAAACAGUAGCUCGCAAAACAGUCCCAUUUGGACGAAGAAGUGCCACGAGGGUCCAUGGUUAUAUAUGGAAUUGGAGUCUCACAAGCUGGGUUCAUCCUGGGUUCGCGAAGAAGAUGAGGAUAGAAAUGGGAAAUGAAAAGAUAAAAGGGAAACAAUGAUUUUUUUUAAAAUUAUUUUAAGACCUAUUGAUUACAUGAAAAAAAAAUCUGAUUGCCAACUCAUCAAUUUUGCCAUGUGUAAUCUUAUGUCACCAUUAAAAAGAAAAAAAAAAAAGACAUUUAACAGAUAAUUGUGUCAUGUUGUCACUUAACUGGCAGAAAGAUUAAAAAGGGAUCGGAUUU